AUGUCUGAAUAGUAAUCAGGUUAAGAUUAAUUGGAUGUAACAGCAAUGAUGGAUGAGUUGUAUGACAAAUUAAUAUUAUUGAAUUAUGAACAAAGUUAUUUAAAAUAGAAAGGUGGUAAACCUUUGAAUAGAGCAUAUUUUGUAAAUCAAACUAAUUCGAGUGAAUAAUUCAAUUAAUUUAAAACAUUAGUAAAAUGGCUAUUUCAAUAAAACGAUGUACAGACUAGUGAUUUUAACAAACUUGAUGAUCCUGUGACUUUAUCUCAGAAUAUAAUAAAUGAAUUGAAAAAUAUUGGGAUCGAAGUUGACUUUCCGCCAAUUAAAUUAAAAUAAGGAUUUGGAGAAUAUGUUGUUUAUGUGUUGCUGUAAUUGGCAACCAAAGCAUUGCAAAAAAAGAAAUUCCAAUACAAGAAAGCCAAAAUUGAAUAAUAAUCUUAAACAAGACAAGAUGAUGAACCAGUCUAAGAAACAGGAAGUGUAUCAUCAGAUUCCGAUCCAGAGGUAGCAUCAGAAGAAGAGCCUGAAGAUGUAUUUACUGAAUAGGGAUUCCAAAAAGACGAAGACAAAAUGGUUAUUGAAUCCAAUGUAAAUCCAAAGGAAUGGGCAAAGGAAGUUGAAAGAGCAGCCUAGAAGAUUAAAAUAGUUAUCAAACCAGAUGCAGGAGAAUGGAGAUAACAUUUUGAUGCCACCAAAUAAUACUCAAACUAAAUUAAAACUAUUCUCCCAGAGGCAAGAAUCAAAUUAGAGAGAAUGGGUGAUGAAUUGGGAGAAAUCUUGGAUAGAAUCACAAAAAGAGAAUAUAAUAUCAAUGAGAAUAUGAGUGAAAUGAGCACUGAAUUCAAAAAGAAAAAUGAAGAAUAUAAAAAGAUUGAACUCUAAUAUCAGAACUACACAAAUGCAAAAAAAGAAAUGACUGAUUAAUACAAACAAAUACAAGAGAAAUUUGAAACUGUUCAAAACAAAUUAAAUGAACAUGGUAGUGUCUCCACCAAUUAAUCUCCAGUCAUCAGUAUCAAGGCUGCUCUCACUAAAUUGAGAUUAGAAAUCAAAUAGAUGGAUCUAAGAAUUGGAGUUCUAUCUCACACAAUCCUUCAAAGAACUUUUCAUGAUGCCAAAGCUAUUUAAGAAAGAGACUUUCAUGAACAUGGACUCAUCCUAAAUGAGUCUGAUGAAUUAACAGAUUGA